CUCAAGCAUUCGAUUAUAACUACAACUCCUACAUUGACACAUCGAUGGAAGUCCCUCCUGCUCACUGACAACACUGACCAUACACACAAAUCCCAGUAUCCGCAGCAUGUACGAAUCCUACCGCCCUCAUCCCCUCCUAGCCCAAGUCCCCUUGACCGUCUCCCCUUUCAUCAACCUCCCCACCACCGUCACCCUCCCCUACACCUACAAAUCGGUCCCAUCCACCAUCCCGCCCUCCGUCACCGUCGACCCCAGUAACCCGGACCUCAGACCCCGCUACGUAGUCUCUUCGAGCGGGGAGCACGCCGCCUCCCCGGAGGAGAUCCUCGCCGCGUGCAACGCCCUAGAGCAGCACCUGAACAAGACCCGCCGCGACGCCGAGAAAGCCAUCCGCGACUGGGAGGAGUCCAUCGUGCAGCGCGACCUGGCGGAGAAGCGACGCGUGGCGCCCGGAUGGCUGGACCGGGAGGAGAAGCUCCUGCGGCCGAUGAACGCGGCCGCCGGGUCGGGGUCACCCGAGGGAGGAGCAGCGCAGUCGAGCUUGCUGGACAGCCUAUCCGCUGCGGAUCCGGGAGCGGCUGCUCUGCCAUCGAUGGUGCCGCGCGAUGAGGGAGAGGAGCUGGAUAGGGCGUUUGGGGGGUUGAAUGUGAAAUGAGCGGGGGCAACAUCUGCUUGGGCUUGGGCUUGGGCUUGGGCUUGGGCUUGUUAGGCCAUGAGCUUAUCAUGCUCAUGUGACAAGGACUCUAUCUCCUAGAAGAUACGCGCUUCGAAUUGGCGCUGUCGGUGUGCCAUGGGUGCUGCACGCGCAAGAUGGGCCAUGCAGAGAGGGCCCCUUGCUGGACCGCGGCACGUCAGACCAGACGACGAAGGCUCGCAUCAACACGCCGUCGUGUUUGGAACUGAGGCUCCAAGUAAACAGCCCGAACUAUGCUAUAUGCGGCGCGUCUUGCAUGAGCGUGAGACAGAGUGAAAGAAUGACUAGGGCCCCUCAGCGUUGGGGACAGUGCAGGAUUGUUAUAGAAGGCAGUAGACAGAGACAAACAAUUCAAGCUACUAUCAAGCUACGC